UCUUGCGGCACGCGAAACAACGACCGGCCGAAUCGCCCCCCACCCACGUGCAUAGCUGCUCAGCUCCAGAGAGAAAAAAAGACCAGGGCUCCCCAGGCAAGACGCACACCCGGUGGCUUACGGCAUCCCUUCUCCAAGCAGGAAACGACCAGGAAACGACGCUUGCAAGGCGUACGGGCCGAGCCAAUAGCCGCGGUAAUCUAUCGGGGGCGAUUUGUUUAAGAAGGGCGGGUGGGUAUAUACGCCUUGCCGCCGCCGCCUCCGCCGCCGCCGCCGCUGCGUGAGAAAGAAAGAGAAGAACAAAGAAACACGCACAUACACAUACACAACACAUAUAUAUAUACCGGCGAUAUGACUGCAGUGCUCGAGAACGGGCUGCCUGCCAACGGCACAAAUGGCGUCAACGGAAAUGUGGAUCAGCUGGCGAAUCCGACACCUUCACACCCGGCAUUCGACUCGAUACCGGAUGUGAUACAAGCGUUUGCCAAUGACGAAUUUGUCAUCGUGCUGGACUCGCCGUCGCGCGAGAACGAAGGCGACCUGAUUAUCGCGGCGUCAGCGCUGACACCGGCCAAAGCCUCGUUCAUGAUCCGCUACAGCUCAGGCUACAUUUGCGCGCCGCUGCCCGUGUCGCGCGCCGCGGCGCUGCACCUCCCGCAGAUGGUAGCCGACAACGCGGAUCCCAACCGCACUGCCUACGCCGUCAGCAUCGACGCCGCGGACCCCUCCGUCUCCACGGGCAUCUCGGCCCACGACCGCAGCCUGACGUGCCGCAUGCUGGCCGACCCCGCGGCCAAAGCAUCCCACUUUAGGAGACCAGGCCAUAUCCUGCCGCUGCAGGCUCGCGACGGCGGCGUCAGAGAGCGCAGGGGACACACCGAGGCUGCAGUCGAUCUCUGCAGGCUCGCCGGCAAGCAGCCCGUCGGCGUCAUUUGCGAACUCAUCACCGACGGACACGAGGUCCCCGGCAAGCCUGAGCUCGUUGGCGGCGGCAUGAUGCGCAGGGACGAGUGUCUGGCCUUUGGCAAGAAGUGGGGGAUCAAGGUGUGUACUAUUGACGACAUGGUCAAAUAUAUCGAGGCGAAUGAAGGUGUUUUGGGCGCUGUGUCGUAGGUAUAAUCUACAAACUCUUUUUAUUUUCUACAAGCAAAAGUGUAUAUGGGGGUUUUCUUAUUUUCUUCUCUUGGGUGAGCAAUAUAUCAUGAUUCUAUGUAAACAACUUGUUUGGAAAGACAAAGGUACAAAAAAACAGAAUUCACUUUUAAAACAUGGUUUUUGGUG